AGCAAGCAAAGAUUGUAUACAGUGUGCCACAACUUGCAAAAUAUAGAAAUUGACACGUACGAAAAUGUCCUCCGAACCGAACGAAUCCCUUCAACAGACGAACGACAUCAGUAAUCUGCAGGAAAGUUUUCUGCAACAGCAGGAAAAAAUUUCCGCAUUAAAAGAACUGGUUCGAAAAUCCGGAGCAGCCCAUGGUACAUCGAAAAGUGCUGCCCAAGAGAAGGUCAAAAAUAUAGCCGAAAGACUAAUGAAGUCCAAGGCCAAGUCAAAGCAGGGCUUAAAUGUUUCAACAUACUCGACAGAAGUGACUUCACAUGAAGCCUCUUUGGGUUACGAGGAGAAGCCCAGUUUCCUGAAUAUUUCGCAAGCUUCACCUAUGCCAAGCCAUGCAUCCACGCCAAACCCAACCCCUAUUAAAAUCCAUACCCUUACACCUUCAGGCUCAGUCAAUACUCCCGGAAGUGAAAAAAUUGCCUUGAUGCGACAGCAAUUGGAACAGAAUAAACUGCGAAUGGCACAGAAAGCGUCAAGCAAACAGCAUUUAGAACAGUUGGUAUCACAGCUUAAGGAGAAGUUUGAUUCGACGCAACAGUGUUUAGAAAAUACUUCCGAGUUGGGCAGGUCCAUGUCAGAUCUUAAUCAUCUUAUAUAUACGCCAACCAGCAGGGAAAGGCACAAAUCUGCCACGGACCUUACAACGCAAAACUUUAGCUUGGAAAAAGAGCGAAUCAAGUUCUUGGAAAACAGAUGUCGCUUGCUCGAAAAGCAAUUGGAAAAGGAAAAACAAGGAAGCGGCAAUCGCAGCUAUAGUCAGGAUGCUGAAAAUAAAAUUCAAGAAUUAGAAAAGAUGUUGGCCACUCAGCAGUCCAUGUUCGAUGAAAAAGAGGCUACAUUGAGGAAUGAAAUAAGUCAAUUGCAGCUUCAAAUUUCUGAGUACCAAUCCGAUUCCCGACCAAAACCGGAAAACUACGAAAUGUCAGAUGUUAGUGAAAAAAUAGAAAAAUUGACAAAAGAAAAUUCACGUCUGUUACAGGAAAUUGAAAAGUUGUCAUCGGAAAAAUACCGUGUUCAAGAUAUCGAGGAAACCAGCAAACUGCGAGAAGAAAUUUGUCAACUCAAAGAACAAUUAGACGCUUCAAGGCAAAAGGAUUCUGCUGAAUCUACUGAUUUAAGUACAGAAAAUGAACUACUGAAAUCAGAAGUGGAGAGUCAACUUAAUCGCAUAAAAGAACUUCAGGAAAUUAACGAUGUAUUGGAGACGGCUCGUUGUGAUUUAACCUCCAAAACAACACAGCUCGAAGAACAGGUAAAAGAGUUACAGGCAAACGUAAUUGUUCUGCAGGAAAAACUUAAAUGCACCGAAGAAAAAUGCCAGGAAUUGCAAGCAGUUUCAGAUGCCCCCAACGUUUCGGAUUCCACAAAACCCGACACAGACACCCAAGUUAAGGCAGAGAUGGCAAAACAGAUCCAAGAGCUAAUGGAUGAGAUCGCAAUAUUAAGAGUUGAGAACACUAAACUUCAGGAAUCAAUAUUGGAAAAUGAAAAAAUUGAAGUAAACGAUUCUUCCAUUGCGGAAAAAAUAAAACAUUUGGAAGCCACCAUCGAAUCGCAGAGAGAAGAUUUGCUAAAAACCCAAGAAACCCUGAGGAAAAACGAAGAAGAACUAAUGGAAAAGACCAUAGAACUAAAUGUAUUGAACGCAAACUUUAAAGUUCUAGAAGAAAAAAUGGAAAAGACUACUAAAGCCAAGCCACUUUUCUCCACAUCUGGAACAUCUGGCCAGCAGGACAGCGAUAACACAGAACUUGAAAUGGAAAAUCAGCAGCUUAAACAAAAAUUGGACGAAUCCAAUAAAGCUAUGAUUAAAUUGAAGCUGAAAUGCAAACAAACCGAGAAACAAAUAGAAAAACUGAAAAAGGGGUCAGAUCUUCACGGAGAGGUAGUGCGAUUGGGCAAGGAGAAAGAACAAUUGCAACAGAAGAUUACAGAACUUGAGGACGAGAAAGGACAGUGGCAGCUGACACAAAUGGAGCACACACCUUCCGCAUGUUCGCAUGACACCAUCUUAAAGGAAUACAAGGAACAAGUGGAUGCCCUCUCGGCAGCGUUGCAAGAAAAAGAAAAACAAUAUGAGACGUUGAAACAAGGUGAAAGCACUCGCGUUAAAUCCGAGUUGACAGAAAUCCAAUAUGAAGAGCAAAUCAAGGAGUUAACGGAAGAGGUUGCAUCGUUGCGCACUGAAUUGGAUUGCAAGGAGAAAGCACUGCAGGCGGCCAAUGAAGCCAUUGAAUUAGUUAAACAGCAAAAGGAGGAACUGGACAAAAAACUCGAACAUUACUUAAAUGAAAACAUUGAGCUAUUGGAAAAGGUUGAGAAACUCAGUAAGUCAUCCUCUUCAGCCGAAUCAAUAGAAAUCGUCGAAAGACUUACGCAGCAGGAGAAGCAGGAACUCGAAGAAUUUAAUAAACGUCUGGAAACAGGGGAGACAAAUUCAGUCAACGAAUUAACUCAAACGGAAAUGAAUCCAGAGCUAACUGAAAGCCUCAACAAGUUACGUGAAGAGAGUUCAGAACUGAUGUCCAAAAUUGAACUUUUCACCAAUGAACGUCGCGAAGUCUUAGAAAAAAUGGAACAUUUGACUUGCGAAAAUCACGAACUUUUGCAGCGCAUAGAAGAGCUGACCAAGGAAAAAGGCGAUUUGGAGUCGAAAUUGCAAUCAGCCAAGAAGAAGCAGGAUGACCUGGUGCAUAAACUGGAAAGCGCUAACAAGGAAAAGAACACCCUCGCUGUACAAAUGGCCGAAUCAAAAGCAAACAAAAAUCAACUCUCGCAGGAAUUAACAUCACUGCAGCAAUCCUCAGAGGUGGUGCCUGCCAUUGAGAAUGGCGAAUCCCUGUUCGAAAAGUGUGAAAAGUCCCUGUCAAAAUUGAACUGUGAGUUGGAAGCAUAUCGCAAGGCAAACGAUAAGAAGUCCAAAUUUAAUGCCUCUAAAAAAUUGGCCAAGGAAGCAGAAAAUGCGCACACACAACUAAGUGAGUUGUUGGUCAAGGUAAAGGAUGCCAGCAGUGCUGUGGAAACGGUUACCGUUGUCGAAACUGUUGUAGCUGUGACAGCAUCGAAUGGCAAAGCUUUAGCAGAAUAUGAACAGCUCACAGCCCAAAAUCGGGAACUUAAAGCAUCAAAUAUGGAACUGCGAAGACUGCUGGAUGAAGCCAAAUACCAAAGUCAGGAAGACCAAAGCGACAACAGAUCCUCAGUUGAUCGUUCUGUUGAACAAGGAGUAGGUGAACCUGAACUGGACAACAAACUAAAAGAGGCUGUGCAACAGAUAGAGAGCUAUGAACAACAACUGACCGAUUUGCAAUCUAAAGUUGAGGAUCUAAGCCGUGAAUUGUACGAAGCACGUACUGCUGGUUCAGAGAAAUCCGAUGAAAUAACAAAACUCACCGAAGAGCUAGCCAAUCUGCGAAAACUUUCCGAAGAUUUCGAUCGCGUUAUUAACGACAAAGAGAUGGCCCAUGAACAACAAGUCGAACAGUUGACGAGACUACGUAAGCAGCUCGAAUCCAAAUGUGAGACUUACGAACAAGAGAUGGAAAUUCUGCAAACUCUUGUCAGUGAGCAAAAGCAACAGCUAAUUGAAGCCUACAAGGAGCACGAACACGAAAUGAACGAGAAGCUCCUGGCAUUGCAACAGUACGAGGAACAAGUGCGAAGCCUCAAACAGGAACUGGCCGAGAUGAAGCAAAAUUCGUCAUUGGCUGGAAAUGAAUUGACACGAGAAUUGCAGAGUGAGUGCGACAAACUGAGAGAUGCCUUGAAGAUCAAUAAGAAUUUGGUACAGGAGCAACUCAAUGAACUGUCGAACAAGCAAGACACUAUAGAUACCCUAAAUCAGCAAUUAAUUGACCUUUACAAAACCAUGGAAGAUAAUUCGAAUAAAAUAAUUGAGAAAGAGGAUGAAAUCGUCGAACUUCAGGAGGAAAUAGACAGUAACAGGCAAUUGAUGCAGCAAUUGGAGUCGAAAUUGGAGAGUUCGGAGCAUGAACGUCAACAACACUUGCAACAACUGUCUCUAAUGAAGGGGCAACUUGAAGACAUUGAACGUCGCUACCAGGAACAAUCGCAGCAGCUGACACAAAUGCAGGUCGGGCGUGAUCAGCUGGAGCAGCGUAACAAGGAACAAUUAGAAAAACUUAAAAAAUAUGCCGCCAAUUUGAAGAAGAAAGCACUUCAAUGCCAAGAGUUCGAAAACAAACUCAAAGAAGUUCAGGUCCAAUUGUGCGACAAUAAGGAAAUAGAAGAACUCAAAAACGCUAAUAAAACAUUGAUGCAAGAACUUGAUUCGACCAAAGAACAGUUCAAUCUAACCAGGCAACAACUUGUCUCCAAGGAAGAAGAACUGGUAGAUCUUGCCAAUAUUAGAAAGACUUUGGAACAGGAAGUGCGACAACUGCAAUUAGCUAUUGACGAAAAAGAGACAUCCAUAAAACACCUGCAGCACAUUCAAUCACAGCCACCAAUCUCAGCCGUCGAUGUAGACGAAUUUGAGCAGUUGAAACAGGAGCAGAUGCUCACUCAGAUUGAACUUGAAGAUUUGCGUCUUGAAACACAAACUGCUCAGAAGACCAUUGCCAAGUUGGAACAGGAGUUGAAAACUGCAAGGCAAGAGGCCUCUGACUGGGGUGACUCCGGUGAGAUUGAGACCUUACGACUAGAGCUGCACUCGGCUAAGAAUGCAAACACAAAACUAGAAGGUCAAUUAGCGGAGUAUGCUCAGAAGCUGAUCCAGCUAGAAAGCGAAUUAGAUGCAGCCAGGCAAGAAACGUCGGAUUGGGGCGAUUCUGACAAUAAAAAGCUUAUUGCUACACUGACGAAAGAAAAUGAUGAAUAUCUUCAAACAAUUAACAACAUGAACGAAGAGUUGCAAGCGGAGAAAAAUGCCAAACAAACGCAUGACGCAGACGAAAUUAUAACGCUCAGAAACGAGCUGACAACGCAAGAACAACGUCUGAGAGAAGUCUCAGAGGAGCUGAAAGCCAAAUCCCUCAAGUUCGAAAAGUCUAAAGCUGUCAUCAAGGAGCGCAACGGACAGAUACAACGUUUACAAACGCAACUUAAGGACUUACAAGAUAAAUUGUCAACAAUGCCAGAGGAAGAAGUAGCCACAACUGCAAAUCAAACCGACAUUGGUGUUGUCAACAACCAAUCAUUGAAGUCAGACCUCGAAGCUCUGCAAGCAGCCUAUAAUCAACUUAAUGACAAAUACAACUCUGAAAAGACAAGUUUCCAACAAACCAUAACACGCCUGGAAACCCUUCACGACGGCAUUCAAGCCAAACUGCAGGAAGACAUGUCAUACAUUGAGUCUCUGGAACAGGAAAAUGCUAAUUUCAAGGAAAAAAUCGGUCGCCUGCAGGAAUGCGUAGCAUGUUUUGAAGAACGCAGAGCUUCAAUGGAACGCAAAGUAAAUCUGAUGGAUGCUCAAUUGCAAUCUACUUCAGAAGAACAUGCUAAGGCAGAGGAUGAGCUAAUCUACCGCUUGAAUAUGCUCUCCGAACACGACGAAGUAAUAGCGCAACGACUCAUCGAGUCACAAAGUGAAAAAGAAGAAAUGGAGGAGAAUCUGCGCAAACUCCAAACCGACUACAACGUAUUACAAUCCAAAUACGUCAAAUUGGAGAAAGAAUAUGCGGAAUUCAAGGAGGAAACCAGCAAUGGAUUUGAGCAGGAAUUGUCAGUUUUAAGAGAACAACUUUCCAAAGCCGAAUCCGACUUAGAACGACAAAGGGCUGUUUACGAUGGCAAGUUGGCAUCUAAGGCUACAGAAUUGGACGAAAUGGAAUGCGAGUUAAAUGAUCAACUGCAACAACUGAAUGAAGAGAAGCGUGAACUAGCCGAAAAACUCGAAAGAUUGACUGACAAAUGUGCAGACCAUCAAAAUGAAAUUUUGCGACUUCAAGAAAAUCUCAAUACUGUGGAACAAGCCAAGUCAGAACUGGAGCGUGAAACCUCGUGGCUUAGAAUGCAGAGUGAAAACUCCCAGCAAGAUCUGUACGAUUUGCAGGAGUUACGCAUGCAGUCCAUGCAGGACAAGACCGAAAUUGAGAACUUAAGACACCAAAUUGAAACGUUAUCGUCGAACCAUGAAAGCGAAUUACAGGCUUUGCGUAUCCAAAUAUCUGAGCUAGAUACGCUUAGAAUGCAGGUGGGACAGAAUCAAACCGACGACCAGGUAUUCAUUGAGACGGAAAAUAAGCGUCUCACUGAUUUGUUGGCCGAAAAAGAAGCUUUGAUCGAAAACUAUCAGCGACAAAAUUUGCAACUGCAAAUGGCCGCCGCCAGUACUGCAGCCAACAGCAACAACAUAAGUGCCACUCAGGCUGAUCCUUUCGCGUUGGCAUUUGGUCCGCCUGGCCAAUCGAAUACAUCUGCUCCAGAUACUUAUGAACAUGAACGCUUGACGCAGGAAUUGAACGAAAAGAAUUCGUUGAUAAGCCGUCUCCAACAAGACCUUAAUAUACUUCAAGCCGAAUUUAAUACUUUACUCGAAGCCAAUCAUGAAAUGCAACGCCAGGUCAAUGAAAAUCAACAUGAAGCUGCAAGAAUUCAGACAACACAAAGUGCGAAUCAGACAUCUUCUGCAGGGCAGGAAUCCACCGAUGUCAUACCAGCACCCCCUAUGUUCUUCACAUCGGAUUCGACGGUGCGCUCGCCUUUCGAUGACAUCAUUCAAAGCAGCGUAAAUCAGCAACCGCCUGUAGAGCAACCAACAAUUGAGGAUCUGCAACGCAAUGUGUCCGAUUUGGAAAAGCAUGCACAGGAUUUGGAACAAAAAUUGGCAACACGCAAUCAAAAAGAUGCAGAACACGAGGAUCGAUUGCGGGAAUUGGAGAGCCGUCUACAUGAAAGAGAACUACUACUUCAACAAUCCAAGGUUGAAUUGAAGAAUAUCCAAGAAGAGCUAACAACCAAGCUUCUUGCCGAACAGAACGAAGUCAGUGCAAUACGUCAGCAGAUUACACAGCUAGAAGAAGUGCUUAGACAAAAGGAUGAAGAAUUGGAAAAAUACCGUCGAGAGGAACGUGAGCGACUAGACGAAUUGCAUUUAAAGAAAACAAUGCACUCAUUGGAAAAUCAGAUUGUCCCUGAUCCAGCCAUACAACCCACGCUGGAUAUGUUCUUUGGCAAUUCAAAGCAAUCUCAAGAUUUCAAUCCAUUUGUUAUACCAGAGGUAUCCACGGAACCAGUCGUGGAGGAACUUAUUGUACCAAAGAAGGUACGUAGUUGUCAUCCUGAAGAGAAACGCAACACGCCAAUUUCAGUGCUCGAUAUUGGAGGAGAUGAUUGGGGUGCAGACGCUUGGGGAAAUGAGGCCGCAGCUGAAGCUGAGCAUUUUGCCAAACAAUCGGCUACGAUGACUGGUGCCUCACCGGCAUCCGUCUCCCUAGUGCCCAGAGAACAACAGCUGGAAAUACAAAAUCAGGAAUUAAAUGAACGUCUGCAGGAACUACAACUCGCCCUUGAGCGUAGUGAAGACCAAAAGAAAGAACUGCACGUUAAAUCGGGUAAACUUAUGAAGAAACUUAAGGAGUACAAGGUCAAGAUCGAUGAACUUCAAACUUCCAUGAAUUCAUCUGCAUUCCGUAAGUCAUCGUCAAUUGAAUCUGGCCCCUCGAUGUUUGAUGAUUUGGACGCAGCUAUUCAAGAGGAACUAAAGGGCCAAAUAAAGGCGUUGGAGGUCAAACUGGACGAACAAUUGAAACAGCAGGAACAAUUCCAGACUGAGAAAGAGAAGUUGUUAAAACGAAUUGACGUUUUGACUUCGGGCAAUGAGCGCAUGGCCGAAAUGAAAGAACGUCAAGAUAUGGAAGUACAAAUGUACCAGGCUCGCAUUAGAGAAUUGCAACAACAAUUGCAAAGCCUUGAUGAUUGGGGAACAGACAGCACUAGCGAACCAGUACCUGCUCCAACCGUAGACGGUCCAUCAGUGACCCAGUCGCCACCAUCGUCAAUCGAUGGGGACCUGCAAGCUAAAAUAAAAUCUUUAACUAUGGAAAUACAAGAUAUUAGUGGUGACCGUUUAGAAUUACAAGCCUUAUUGGAAGAAGAGAAAUCCAAUUCACAGCGGGCAGAACAAACCAUAGAAUCUUUACGUCAAAAACUUGCCGCGUUGGAAGAGAAGACAACACACAACACAAAUAAUGAAACAACGCAGCUCAACAAUCUUAAGAUUGAGCUACAAAACCUUCAAGAAUCCUACAAUAGUCUUCUUGAUUCAAAUAAAAAGCUCUCCAGUGACUUUGCAGCACAAGCUGAAGUUUUGUCACUAUCCCAAGCCAACGAAUUGAGACUAAAUUCGGAACUGGAAGGUCUGCAGAAGGAAGUAAUAAAUUUGAGAGAAACACUUAACAAUACAAAACAAAGUUUGAUUGACUUGGAAGCCGAAUUAGCGUCAUUGAAGGAGCAAAAGGAGAAACAACUGGACGCUGCCAUACAUAAUCCAUCCGAGACACCGAUCUCUGAUUUGGAUCGUAUACGUUUGGAUAAACAGCAGUUGGAAGAGCACGUACAACACCUCAUGCAGGAGAUUGAAACUUUGAAAUCGAACACAUCCCAGUUUGAGCAAGAGCGUAAAAUGUUGGAAGAGAAACUACAAACUCUUCAAAAUGAAAACGAACAGCUCAAACAAAAAAAUUUCGGAGGAGCGAGCAGUGACGAGCUAUCGGCGCAAUUGCAAGAGAAAGAAUCUGAAAUAUUGCAUCUGAAGCAGCGCAUCAACGAUCUGAUGAACGAGGAUCAGACUGAGAAGCUUGUUUUAGAAAUCCUAACCAAAAAUCAAGAAAUUCAAAUGCUGAAGCUUCAAGUAAAAGACCUGGAGGAAGACAAGCACGAAUUAGAAAACAAUCUGUCAUUGCAAUUGACCAAAGAAAUGCAAUCCAGGAAAGAACCGACAACUGGUUUAGCAAAGGAAAGGGAAUUGGAAAACCAAAUUAGGGAUUUGUUGACGGAGAAGAAACAAAUGGAGGAAGAACUGCAGGUGCUAAAUAAUCAUGUACUGGAGAGUCUACAACAAGAGGACAAGAUGAAAAUGCUUACAUUGGAAUUGGAUACGAAGAAUGUAGAAAUUCUAGAACUACGCCGAACAGUCGAAGCUUUGCAAAAGAAUGGGGAAAGCAAUGCCGGAACGGCCGCCGAUAUCGAUGCACUCAAUGCUCAAUGGCAAUUGGUUGUGGAACAGCGUUGUGGUGAAAUUGCGAAAAUGUGGCAGGACCAUUUAGCGCAGCGUGAACACGAUUUCAAAGCGCAAGAGGAAAGAUUACGUGAAGAAAUCAAUGCCUUGAGAACGAACCAACCGCCCAGCCACUCUAUAGACUCUGUACAACAAAUUGUUUCUGUAGAAACCACAUCAUCAUCAACUCCAGCAUCGGAGUCUACCACAGCAUCGGGAAGCACAUCGGCUGAAGCCUCACACGAUGGUACUCCCGUACGCAUAAGGCCCAAGGGCGGAGAAGCUAGCGCUGAUGCAUUGAUGGAACAGAUGCAAAGAGCCCUAGAAUCACAAGAAGUUGAAAUUGUUACACUCAAAGAACAGCUAGCAAUACGCUCGGCGGAAUAUGCUCGUUUAGCGGCACAAUAUGACCCAUUCAAAUUGCAAAACACAACGUCCCACAUUGGUGUGGUGGAUAAGCGCAAAUCGACAAAUACUUCCGAUGUUACUCCCGUUACCAAAGCCGAAUUGGACUUGGCCCUAUAUAUGCUACACCAACGUGAUAUGCGUUGUGAGGAAAUGACUUUGGAACUAGUUUCCCUCUUGGAAGAAAGAGAUACAUUGCAACUUAAACUGUCAAAUACACUACGUCAAAUGGAAGCAAUGAAAGCUCAAUUGGGAGCAUCUCCUGAUGUUACGUCCUCCCCCGAAGGCAUAUCCACAACACAAUUACCAAAAAGCCAGGAAAUUAAUGCAAGUAACAUAGUUGCAGGUUCAACUCAAGCUACUGCAGAUGAUGAAUUAAGUCUAAAACUAUCACAACUUCAGACUGUAAGUCACGCAAAGGAUAAAGUUAUCAAAGAGGAGCGAGAACAACGUAUACGUCAAAUGGAGAAGUUUCAACAGGAUAUAGCAAAAAUGCCUCCAGCAGCUGUGUCAGAGCUAACUGGAACAGAUAUGUCCCAAGCAAAUCAAGCCGCGCCAAAUGUGUUACUUAACUGGUUGUGGGGCAACAAGACUGGCCAAUCGGGAAGUUCCCAGCCAGAUUUCUAGGCUAAUAUGUAGAAGAAGUACCUUAU